CUCGAGUCUCCUCAUGUUAGGCCCCGCCCCCCCCACCAGGAAGUACAAAUAGAAACUCAGCAGUGCUUUCACUUUAAGUAUUGUGUGUACGGAAGAUAAGACAAGCAAUACUGAGGGAACCAGCUUUACCUUUAAAGAAGACGGAUCAAGAAUGGAAGACACAGAGAAAACAAAGCUUGAGGAGUUGCUGAUGUGCCCAGUGUGCCAGGACAUCUUUAAGAAUCCUCGGCAGCUGCCCUGCGGACACAGCAUGUGUAUGGGCUGUCUGGAAAGCUUGAUGGAUCACUCUUCAGACGUUCCCUUCCGUUGCCCAGACUGCAGAGCAUACUUUGGACCAGUCAUUGGGGUGCAGAAGAGCUAUGCGCUGGCUAACAUCGUGGAGGACUUCAGGGUGAACAGGAGGAGAAGGGAAGAGCAGACGAAAAGUGUGUACUGCGACUGCUGCCUGGAGAACAAAACUCUUGCCAUGAAAACAUGUCUAAAGUGUGAGGUGUCGCUGUGCAAAGAGCACGUCAAGGACCACCUGGAGCUGCCGGUGUACACGGGACACCCCUUGGUCAGGCCUCUGGAUGACCUCCUGGAAAGGAAAUGCCCACAGCACGAGGACGAGGUUCUGAGAUACUACUGCAACGCGUCCAGGCGCUACAUCUGCAAUGUGUGUGCCCUGGAGAGCAAGCAGCACAACCUGGCCACUGAGGCCUCCUCUGUCCUGCGGAGACAGCUGACUGAGUACAUGGACCAACGCUUCAACAUGCUCAAGGAGCAAACCAGUGAGUCUGUAAAAAAACUGCAAGAAGAUAUUCAACGUAAAACAGAAAGACUCAUCCGACUCAUCCCUCAACAGUGUCACAGUGGUGCUGCUCUGUUUGUGGUUCAUUGUUCUGUAUUACGCUUACAACUAUUCUGUGGAAAACCAGAUGCUAACAGAAGCGCUGGACAAGCAGCAGAACCAUGUGCAUCACAUUUAUUCCACCAUCGCAGAACUCUUGGUUGAUCAUCCAAUGAAGAGCCACAUACCUCCAGAGACAGAAGAUCAAGAUACAAGAAAUGAUCUGUUAGAACAUUGGAAUGGAAGUUUAGGUUAAAGGGCAUUCAGAUGUGGAGAGAACUAUGUGUUUGUGUUGGAGUACAUCGACAAGCCUGAUGGAGAUGACACAACUUUGGGAGAACCUGUGCCCUGUACUGUCAGAUGUGGCAAUGUAGAUAGUCAUUGUUUUUCAUUAAAGAUAAAUAGAAGAAAAUGAUUUUGUUCACAUGCACAUUAAUAUCCUGGUUUCAAUCAUAUACCGGAGAGGAUGUCAACAUGUUAUGUUAUUCACAUUGCUGAUUUAAUAUUAUUCAGGCUUAUGAUUGUCUGCAUUGUUUCUGUACUAAAUAAGUUGCCUCAAUAUUUGAGGAUGAACUCUGUUUGGUUUCUGGCUGCCUGAACUGAAUUUAGCUAAUCUUCAGUAAUGGAGGAUGAGAGAAACAGGUAAAUGAUUAUUUGCAUUCCUUUAUUUCACCUUGUACACCAUCGAUACGUUGUUAAAUAUC